AUGAAAUCAUCGCAAACUGAUAGUCUGCAUAUUAGUUCUGCAGUAACAACCACUUUACUUCAGACUUGCCUUGUUAAUGUUAGUGAUUUGAGUGACAAGCCUAAAGAGAAAACUUGUAGAUUAUUACUUGAUUCUGGUAGCCAACGUUCAUAUAUAACAUCAUCAAUUGCAAAUCAUUUAAACCUGCCCACUAUAGAAAAUGUAGAUUUGUCUAUUUUUACAUUUGGUACGAAAUCUCCACAAUAUAUAAAAAGUCGUGUAGUUAAUUUUAUAAUUAAGACGCGAAUCGGUGUAAAGCGAUCUAUAUACGCGAAUGUAGUACCUCAUAUUACUAAUUCCGUACAAGCGCCAGUAUUUAAUAAUUCAGUGAAAUUAUUACAAGACAGUAGAUUAAACAAACUCAUUUUAGCAGAUGAUGGUUCUUAUGGAGAUAAAAUAGACAUUUUAAUAGGUAAUGAUUAUUAUCAUACAUUUAUAUCGAAUGAAAAGUUAUGUAUUUCUGAUAAUCUUUUCUUAGUAAGUUCAGAUUUUGGGUGGGUAUGGUCAGGUAGAUUAAACGAAACAAAUACGGUAGAUCAAUUAUCAGUUUUAACCUAUUUUCAAUCAACAGGAAUUUAUGAUAGUAAAUUACAUAAACCGGAUCUUCCAUUAAAGACAGACGAUGUUAAAAGGUUAUGGGAUCUAGAAUCGAUAGGAAUAGUAGAUUCUCCAAAAUGUUCUCAUGAUGAGGAAGCGAUUAAACAAUUUAAUAAAACUAUUCAGUACAAAGGCAAUAGAUAUUACGUUAAAUGGCCUUGGGCCGAAUAUCCUCCUAAUUUACCUAAUAAUUUAGGCUUAGCUUAUGGUCGUCUAAGUAAUUUAUUGAAACGUUUAGAUAAUUUAACUAUAAAGUCAUAUGAUAAAGUCAUUCAAGAACAAUUACAGAAUGGUGUAAUAGAGAUAGUCAAAAACGCUUCCUUUUCACUGAGUCAUCCUGUGCACUAUCUACCACAUCAUUGUGUUUAUAAUCGAGAUAAACCCAAUAAGCUUCGUAUUGUAUAUGAUGCGUCAGCCAAAACAGUAGGAAAUCAAAGUUUAAACGAAUGCUUAUAUAAAGGCCCCUUAAUGCUAGAAGAUCUUACUGCGCUAUUGAUUAAAUUUAGAGAACAUGCGAUUGGCAUUAUAGCAGACGUUGAAAAAGCAUUUUUACAAUUAGGUCUUCAAGAACCAGAUAAAGACGUGACGCGCUUUCUUUGGCUGAAAAAUAUCAAUGAUUCAGUUAACAAAGAAAAUAUAUUAACUUUAAGAUUCUGUCGAGUACCUUUUGGAGUUAUAUCUAGUCCAUUUCUCCUCAAUGCUACAAUAAAAUACCAUUUAAUGAAAUCUAAUAACUCAAUUUUAAACCAGAUAGCCGACGAUAUUUAUGUAGAUAAUAUUAUAACUGGUGCUAAAACGGUUUUAGAGGCACAAAACUUAUACAACACGUCCAAAUUAGCCUUUAAUGAUUUGUCUAUGAACUUAAGGGAGUGGAAUUCAAAUUCAAAAGAUUUUCUUUCACGUAUACCUGAUAAAUUUUGUACAGAUAUUGAGGAAGUUAAAGUUUUAGGUUUAAUAUGGAAUACGAGGGAUGAUAAAUUAUUAUUGAAAUAUGAUAUUAGUCAAACAGAUUUAGAUUCAGUUUACACAAAACGAAGUAUUUUAAAAAUAAUUGCUUCGGUUUAUGAUCCUUGUGGUUAUGCUGUUCCAAUAGUGCUUCCAGCUAAAUUAUUUUUCCAGAAGUUAUGGAAACAAAAGAUUUUAUGGGAUACUAAGAUUAAUAGUGAUUUACUUAAUGAGUGGAAGCAAAUAAUAUCGAAGUUUAGUUAUCUUAAAAAUAUUAGCAUUGACAGAUAUUUCUUAAAAAGUAUAGGUAAGGAGCAAGUUAAUUUACAGAUUCCAAAACUAGAAUUGCUUGGAGCACUUAUUGGAAAUAGACUAUUACAGUACGUAAAUAAAAAUUUAAGGUUAAGUAUAAAGGCGCAGGUUUUGUGGACCGAUAGUCAAAUAGUUUUAGGUUGGUACCAUUCUAGUAAGCUUCUUUUGCCUUUUGUGUCGCGGAGGAUUAAUGAAAUCAAGCAAAAUAAAACUUUAAUUCUUAGGUAUAUACCUGGUCAAUACAAUCCAGCAGACAUAGGUACGAGAUCUGACCGGAUAGAUCAUUAUGAUAGGUGGCUCAAAGGUCCAGACUUUUUACUAGAUAACUCUGAAAAUUGGUUUUCUAUGUUUAAUAAUUGUGUAUAUCAAGUGGAAACGCAAAUCUCUUCUGUCGGGGAGGGUCUCUCGAAUGAGAAUACAAAUAAUAAAAGCACUUUAGUUGAGAAUGAAAGUAAUAUAAAUAAUUUAGAUAUGAUAAGUACAACCGAAUUAGAUAAAGAACCAAUUAGCGAUAGUGACAGUGAUUUAGAAAUUAUUUUGAAAGUACAAGCUCAAUAUUUUCCAGAAGAAACGAAAGGUAUUGUAUCUAAUUUUGCAAGAUCACUUGGCCUAUAUAAAGAUGUCAAUGGGAUAUUGAGAUGUAAAGGUAGAUUUAAACAUACUGAUUGGACUCAUUGUCAUAAAGAACCUAUAUUACUUCCAAAAAAUUCAGAAUUUACACAUAAAAUAAUAGCUGAUUUACACGAGAAAAACUAUCAUGUUGGAGUAUCUCAUACAUUGGCUUUACUUAGAAAAACAUUCUGGGUUCCUCAUGGUAGAUCAACCGUACAAAAGAUUCUUAGAAAAUGCCGAAAUUGCUUAAAAUACGGAGGUGGUCCAUUUAAAUUGCCAGCGAUGCCCGAUUUGCCAUCAGAAAGAGUUAAGUUGUUGAACAAGUUGUCACCAUUCACGAGUAAUGGGGCCCCUGAGGAGAUAACAAAGUCGAAUCAGAGAUGGAUGAAGUUGCGGACAACAGUGCAGCUGAGUUCGGCCAUCCAAAAGAAGCCGCCUUUGAAGAGAGAAGAUUCAUUUUUGAAAAGAUUCUCAACGCGGCAGAUACCAGAAACUCAGGAAACAGUAGAAGACACAGGGUCAGAGGGCGCGACUGGAGAGCACAGAGUAGCCAGACAGAGGCGGCGAAAAGUUCGAGUGCCACGAACAGUUGUGAAUCCCGACGAAAACUUUUAUUUCUACUGGCUCUGGCUAAUCACCCUCUGUGUCUUGUAUAAUCUAUGGACCCUCAUUGUGAGACAAAGCUUCCCUGAGCUACAGACAUCGUCCUUCGUAGCAAUGCAGGCGUGCAAUGCAAUAACGAUGCACUCGACCGUACAACCAAGAGUCCUGAAAACUAUGGUUGGU